AUGAAGCACGCAACUGCAGCAACAGAAACCAUUGAAAAUAAUUCAUUUACAGUGACAGACUUAUUUAAAAUAUGCACUCACUGUGAACGGCUAAGCAAAAAGGUAAGAGAAAAAUAAAGUAAAGGGGAAAUUAUUUUGACAACGAAUGCAUGUUUUUGACAGCUCGUGCUUUCGUUUUGGAAAUUAGAUUUGAAUUUGUGACAAGACAAGUUCAUGUCCUUUUAGUCACAUAUUUCUGUGGCUGCGAGCGAAGGAACUGCAGUGCAGUCUUUUCUUUUGUGUCCAACCUUGUUUACGCGUUUUAGGAGUUUACUUUCUUUCCAGGUCUUUGUCAUCCUACCACCAACUCUAUAGACUGUUCGGUAUAUGCUUCUAAAAAAUGUUGGUUGGUGUCUUUGAAUGCAAGACAGUAUUGUCGCUUUCAAGUAAGCUUUGGCCCUCAGUUCUAGGUCAUUCAUUCCGCCAGCUCAUUGUGCUGCGCUGCACAGAGGGACAGGAACAGAGCUGACAGUCUCGAGCCCUAGCCUAUAGGACAUGUCGCAAUCAGCGACUUUUUUCAAGUUGACAGUUGGCUGUUUCUAUGUUGAGAUGUGAAUCAUAUCUUGAAUUCGUUUAUUUAACUACCUUUAGUAUGCGAGCCUUUCUGAUCAAUAACAUUGUGUCAAAUGAUGUAUCAAGGGUAUUACUUGUAUCAAGUGUGUAUCAAACUGCAAAUGGUUACAUAGCUACUGUAAGCAUAAUACAUUGUAUCUAUCAAGCGUUCUUUUUGUGUAUUUUGACAGUUUUGUGGCAUUUCUAGAGACUGCCAUUUUGGCUUGCUGCAGCAAAAUUCUGAACAAAGCGAGUUGGAUUUAUUUCUGCACAGGCUGCGCUUGCAACGCGCCAACCCGACUAUAUAAUGAAUAUGUGGGCUAGUGGAGGGGGUGAGAGAGAUGUGAUAUCCCACAGGAUGUACAAUAUUACACGGUCAGGGCUCGCAGCCAAAAUGGUACGAAAAAUCGCAAUUAGGGUUUUCCCCCUGCCCCUUUAGCUUUUGACGAAAAUGAUCACUGUUGGAUUUUGGCUCUUGCAGAACUAUAAUAUGUGUUUUCUGUACUCUUUUGUCUUGCAGGACUUAGGCGUUCGGAUCCCAAGAUCCCUGGGAAAUGGACCAAGUAGAUUUAUCCCUGAAAAAGAGGUAAGGAGAACAACAACUUUUUUUUAUUUGGGCCUCAAAACAUUUACUUGUUAGUUUAUCUAUGCAAAUUAUGCAUCACUUUGACUUAUUAUUACAUAUAUUUAGUUAUCUUAUACCAAUAAGUGAAUUACAUUAAAUUCACUUUCUCUAUCACGUCAGAUCCUUCAAGUCAGUAAAGUAGACCCCAGGACACAAUCGAUAUUCGAGGACGCAUUUGCAGCACUGGGUCGCCUUGACAACAUCUCUUUGGUGAUGGGCUUCCACCCACAGUACCUGGAGAGCUUCCUGAGGACACAGCACUACCUGCUGCAGAUGGACGGGCCCUUAUCCCUGCACUACCGCCACUACAUAGGCAUCAUGGUGAGACCCCUUACCCCCUACUCCAACCUCUACACUAUCACAGUAUAGCCACUACAGAGGCAUCAUGGUGAGACCCCUUACCCCCUACUCCAACCUCUACACUAUCACAGUAUAGCCACUACAUAGGCAUCAUGGUGAGACCCCUUACCCCCUACUCCAACCUCUACACUAUCACAGUAUAGCCACUACAGAGGCAUCAUGGUGAGACCCCUUACCCCCUACUCCAACCUCUACACUAUCACAGUAUAGCCACUACAUAGGCAUCAUGGUGAGACCCCUUACCCCCUACUCCAACCUCUACACUAUCACAGUAUAGCCACUACAGAGGCAUCAUGGUGAGACCCCUUACCCCCUACUCCAACCUCUACACUAUCACAGUAUAGCCACUACAUAGGCAUCAUGGUGAGACCCCUAACCCCCUACACUAACCUCUACACUAUCACAGUAUAGCCACUACAUAGGCAUCAUGGUGAGACCCCUUACCCCCUACUCCAACCUCUACACUAUCACAGUAUAGCCACUACAGAGGCAUCAUGGUGAGACCCCUUACCCCCUACUCCAACCUCUACACUAUCACAGUAUAGCCACUACAUAGGCAUCAUGGUGAGACCCCUUACCCCCUACUCCAACCUCUACACUAUCACAGUAUAGCCACUACAUAGGCAUCAUGGUGAGGCCCCUAACCCCCUACACUAACCUCUACACUAUCACAGUAUAGCCACUACAUAGGCAUGGUCAAGCCCUCUAUAUCUCUCUACCUACAGAGAGUACGUUUUGAAUUCUUGGACACUCACCUAUAGACUGUACAUUUAGACUUCUUGGACAGUCUGGUAAUUGUCUCCCUUCCCUCCCAGGCUGCGGCCAGACACCAGUGCUCCUACCUGGUCAACCUGCACGUCAACGACUUCCUCCAGGUGGGAGGGGACUCCAAGUGGCUGAAUGGCCUGGACGGAGCCCCACAGAAGCUGCAGGCCCUCGGGGAGCUCAACAAGAUCCUGGCCCACCGGCCCUGGCUCCUCACCAAGGCACACAUCGAGGUACGGGGGGGGACCUGUGACACACACACACACACCCCCAGGACUGGACAUAGGGACAGGUCAGGGUUAUGUAACAGAGACUGAGAUCAUGGGAUGAGGCAUGGCUAGAGUUACACAGCUGCUAACUUGGCAGGGUUAGUUAUAUAACUUAAUCAAAUCAAUCAAAUGUUAUUGGCCACAUGCGCCGAAUACAACAGGUGCAGACAUUACAGUGAAAUGCUUACUUACAGCCCUUAACCAACAGUGCAUUUAUUUUUAAUAAAAAAGUAGAAUAAAACAACAAAAAAGUGUUGAGGAAAAAAAGAGCAGAAGUAAAAUAAAAUAACAGUAGGGAGGCUAUAUAUACAGGGGGGUACCGGUGCAGAGUCAAUGUGCGGGGGCACCGGCUAGUUGAGGUAGUUGAAGUAAUAUGUACAUGCGGGAGAGAGGAUUGGAUGUGUAGAGAAGAAGAAGGGAGGGGAUGGGUAGAGAGAAGAAAACAAUUGGAAAUGGAUGGAUAGAAAGUGAGGGACAGGAAAAGAAAAGAUUCCACCCAAAGGAAACUACUGAUUGACUGACGUAUCAACUCUCUCUUCUCCUCCCUCUCCAGCACUUGCUGAAGGCUGAAGAACAUAGCUGGUCCCUGGCUGAGCUGAUCCAUGCUGUGGUGCUCCUAACGAACUACCACUCUCUGGCCUCCUUUACCUUUGGCUGUGGCAUCACCCCAGAGAUCCACAGUAACGGGGGGCACACCUUCAGACCCCCCUCCCUCAGCCAGUACUGCGUCUGCGACAUCGCCAACGGCAAUGGGCACGGCCACCUGGAGGAGAGGAGAGGCAACCACCAGGUGAGCGGGAGGAGGAGAGUCAGGAGUGUGUGAGAGAGUGAGAGAAGCUGUGGGUUUGUUAGUCACUCGGCUUUGACACCGGUGUGGUUGUGAGCGCAGUGGUUCUUGUGGUUGUGGUCGCCCUGUGUAUGACCAGUGCCCUGACCCAGAACGUGUGUGUGUUCCUGUCUAGGUGUCGGAGGUGUCUGGUGAGGUGGAGGUGCUGAUGGAGAGGAUGAAGCAGCUUCAGGAGUGUCGUGAUGAAGAGGAAGCCAGUCAGGAGGAGAUGGCCACACGCUUCGAGAGGGAGAAGACAGAGAGCAUGCUGGUGGCCACGGCAGAGGACGAGGAGUGUGUGCCGUCCAGAGACGUGUCCAGGCACUUUGAAGACCCCAGCUACGGCUACAAGGACUUCUCCAGGAGAGGAGAACAUGUACCCACCUUCAGAGUGCAGGUAUAUAAUACACACACACACACACACACACCCCUUCACUUAUGGAAAAACAGGGAGAGACAGAAAGAGAGCAAAAGAGAGAGAAAGUGAAGAGUUUUCUCAAUAGCUUCAAAAUUAUAUUUUCUAAAUGUUACGAUGUUGCACUAUGGAGUAUCUAUCUGAUUGAUCAAUUGAUAUCCAGACAUUCUGAUUAACCCCUUGCUUUCCUCUCCUCUCUUCAGGACUACAGUUGGGAGGACCACGGCUACUCCCUGGUGAACCGUCUGUACCCUGACGUUGGUCAGCUGUUGGAUGAGAAGUUCCAGAUGGCCUACAACCUGACCUACAACACCAUGGCCAUGCACAAAGACGUGGACACCUCCAUGCUCCGCAGGGCUAUCUGGAACUACAUCCACUGCAUGUUCGGCAUCAGGUACACCACUCACUGGGUCUAUAUAAGCACAAAUAUACUAAUGCAAAUGUAUAUAUUUCAUGAUGUAAUAUGCUAGAUUCAAUCAAAAGAAGAAUGUUAUCACGUGUUUAAUACGUUGACAAAGUGCAGUAAUUUCAUACAGUAAUGUAGUUACUAAAGAAAUAACUGUAUUCAUCAGUAGCUCUGACCGUUCUCCCUCUGUGUCUCUCAGGUAUGACGACUAUGACUACGGGGAGAUCAACCAGCUGUUGGACCGCAGCUUUAAGGUCUAUAUUAAGACCAUGGUGUGCAGCCCGGAGAAGACCACCAAACGAAUGUACGAGAGCUUCUGGAGACAGUUCCAGCACUCCGAGAAGGUGAGGGGACAACUUUUCUAUUUUAUAUCACUUAUUAGUCCAUGGGUUUAUGUUUCUAUUGGUAGCAUUUAACGUUUCUAUAUAGUUUCCUCUCAUAGUUCUUGAUCUGUGUGAAUGGAGUAAUGUUGUGUAGCAGUGUUGUAACAUAUCCUUCUCUCUUUCAGGUCCAUGUCAAUCUGCUUCUUAUGGAAGCGCGCAUGCAGGCAGAACUGCUCUACGCUCUGAGAGCGAUCACCCGUUACAUGACAUGA